UUAUCUCUAUCUUUUCAUAGUUUUGUUUGUUUGUUUAGUUGGAAGUCUUCUAAGACCUUUUAUAUGCUCUUAUCUUUUGUCUCUAUGUUAUCUUGAGAUGAACUGAAAGUUAGGUUGGUUUUAUGAAAUGAGGUGGUGAUUUGCCAAGCUUGUUUGUAAAUUGCCACUUGAAGUUUAUUGGCUUUGAAGUUGGGAAGGUUGUUUUCUAUUUUUAGUUAUUUAUACCUUUUUUUUGUUGUAUAAAGAAGGCUGCCUAGAGUUAAGGGAAGCGGUCGCAGGUGCUGAUCCCUAGACCUCUUGAAUGUCACCUCUUAACGUUGGCUGAAUGAACCAACUAAGCUAAGCUUCAAAGCAAAGAGAAAAUGGGUAAUCUAUUCUGUUGUGUACAAGUUGACCAGUCUACAGUAGCCAUUAAGGAGAGAUUUGGCAAGUUCGAGGAUGUUCUCGAACCUGGGUGCCAUUGCCUACCUUGGUUUCUUGGAAGUCAGCUUGCUGGCCACCUUUCAUUGAGAUUGCAGCAGUUGGAUGUUCGUUGUGAGACCAAGACUAAGGAUAAUGUAUUUGUCAAUGUUGUUGCAUCUAUUCAAUAUCGGGCACUGGCAGAUAAGGCAAAUGAUGCCUUCUACAAACUCACUAACACAAGGACACAAAUUCAAGCCUACGUUUUUGAUGUUAUUAGAGCAAGUGUUCCAAAGCUAAAUCUGGAUGAUGUUUUUGAACAAAAGACUGAAAUUGCUAAAGCUGUUGAAGAAGAACUUGAGAAGGCUAUGUCUGCCUAUGGGUAUGAGAUUGUUCAAACACUUAUUGUGGACAUAGAACCUGAUGAGCAUGUGAAGCGCGCAAUGAAUGAAAUUAAUGCUGCUGCAAGGCUAAGGGUGGCAGCUAAUGAGAAGGCAGAGGCUGAGAAAAUUUUGCAAAUCAAACGAGCUGAAGGUGAGGCUGAGUCUAAAUAUUUGUCAGGGCUUGGUAUUGCUCGCCAGCGACAAGCGAUUGUUGAUGGUUUACGAGAUAGUGUGCUUGGAUUCUCUGUUAAUGUCCCUGGGACCACUGCAAAGGAUGUCAUGGACAUGGUCCUGGUCACCCAGUACUUUGACACCAUGAAAGAAAUUGGUGCUGCUUCUAAAUCUUCAGCUGUGUUUAUCCCUCAUGGUCCUGGAGCUGUUCGCGAUGUCGCCACUCAGAUUCGUGAUGGACUCCUCCAGGCUGCACAUCAGUAACUAUUAUGACUUUUCAAAGCCUUAUAAUGGGUUUUGUUUAAGACAAGCAUUAUUGUUUUUUUUUUUUUGGACAAUAAUCGGUUUUGGUAUUUGCUUGAUCAUUUCUUGGUGCCUUAGCUCUUGUUUAGUUGUUUGUCGUUUGUCCCUUAUGAGCACUGGUGUACAUAUGGUAAUGGCCUGUGAAGUACACUGCCUGCAUAAUUUUAUAUUUUUAUAGAUGUUGUGAGAUCUUUAUGCUGGA